AUGUCAGUUAAGGACGAUAUACCGGCUAUUUUCUUGGACAAAUUAUCACCAAGGGGAUUAGAAACAAUCCAAAAAUGUAAAGAGUUUGUGGAUGACUAUUGUCUUCCAGGAGACAAGUUGCAUGCCCAGCAGAUGUCAAAUGAUCCAGUUAUGAGAUGGAAGGUUAUUCCAGAGAUCACGGAAAAGCUCAAGAAUAAGGCCCAAGAAUUGGGUCUCUGGAACAUGUUUUUGUCCAAACAUUACCCCGAGGGCCCAGGGUUUACCAAUUUGGAGUACGGGUUGAUGGCACAAUAUUUGGGACGGUCAUUUGUGGCACCGGAGGCCACUAACACCAAUGCGCCUGAUACGGGUAAUAUGGAGUUGUUUGCAAGAUAUGGUUCGCCGUACCAGAAGGAGAAAUGGUUGAGGCGGUUGUUAGACGGCGAAAUCAGAUCGGCCUUCUUGAUGACAGAAAAAGGGACGUCUUCGUCAAAUGCGUUGAAUAUUUCAUGUACGGCCAAGUUGAAUUCGAGCGGAAAUUACGUUAUUAAUGGUGUAAAGUGGUUUGCAUCUGGUGCUGGGGACCCCAGGACAGCCGUGUGGUUAGUGAUGUGUAAAACUAGUGAUAGCACGAAAGAUUUAUACCACAAUCAUUCUGUAUUGGUAUUGGAUGCUAAGAAGGCAAUUGAUUCUGGGAAAGCCAAUUUGAUUCGUCCGUUGACUGUGUUUGGAUACGAUGACGCGCCCCAUGGCCACUGUGAAAUUGCGUUCAAUGACUAUGAAGUUCCAAAGGACGAAAUGGAAAAUAUCUUACUUGCAUCUGAGGGUAAAGGAUUCGAGUUAAUCCAAUCCCGUUUAGGACCUGGUAGAAUCCACCAUUGUAUGAGGUUAAUUGGAGUUGGAGAGUAUGCAUUACUUGCAGUUGCGCAUAGAGCCAAUAACAGAAUGCUUUUUGGUAAGCCAAUGAACCAAAGAGAAACGUUUAUAAUAGCCUAUGCUCAGCAUAAGAUUGAUAUACAGAAAUGCAGACUUUUGAUUUUGAAUGCUGCUCAUAAGAUCGAUAUUCUGAACCCGAAGAGCGCUCAACAAGAAAUCGCUAUGGCUAAGAUUGAAACUCCAAGAACUAUUUUGAAAAUCUUGGACUGGGGUAUUCAAAUGUUUGGUGCUGAAGGUGUAUCACAAGAUACCGAAUUGGCCAGGUUAUAUGCCAUUUCUAGGACUUUGAGAAUCGCGGAUGGUCCUGAUGAAGCUCAUUUAAACCAAUUAGCAAGACAUGAAGCCAAAAAGUUUAAAUUUGCAGACGAAUUCUUUGCCAAAUUUGAUGAAAACUUGAAGAACUUGUCAAAGUUAUAA